UUGAAUGGGCGACGACGGAGUGGACUACAGUGUUUUUAAGUUUUAGCAAUGUAGAAAUGGCAGCAAAGCUAAACCGGUCGGGGUCGUCGGAUUCAGACUCAUUGUCUCUAAACGACCAGUCUGUGUCGAGCCGGAGCAGCAACAGAAGUCUGAGAGUCGCAGAAAAGGAGAGAAAGAAGAACGAGGCGGAGGAUCCGUUUGUCGUGGCCGUGAAGUAUUUUUCUGACGUCGAAGCAGGUACUCCUGUGUAUGGGAACGAUGAGUUGGAGAGGAACCUGGUGGCGGUGGAGAGGGUGGCCUACAGUAAAGGACUUCCUCCAGAGGCCAUCUCUGUUAUGCUGGAGUUUGCUAUGAGCCUCCGUAUGGGGAGUAGUCCAUGUGUUCGGGUGCUGAAGUGUCUGAUUCCUAUGACCGUGGUGCCACAGGAGGCUGUUGUUCGAGCAGUGGUUUGGCUCAGUGUUGGCAAAAUAUCCAUCAGCACACAAAUUCUUUUCAUAAAGUGGGUGUUGACCAUAUUUGACACGAUUGACGCAAAGGACCAACUUCGAGCUAUCUACGGCUUCAUCUUCAGCUUCGUCACAGAGGAAAAUCUGUGUCCUUUCAUCUGCCAUCUGUUGUACCUUUUGACCAGAAAGGAAAGUGUGCGAGUCUUCAGAGUCAGAAAGCUGCUGGAGCUACAGUCUAAGCUGGGAAGGCAGCCGUUCCUUCUGCACCUGCUGUCACUAUACAAAGUGUUUUGCCCCGAACUCGUUACUCUCUCCAUUCCAUCACGAAUGAGGAGUGGGUUUAGGAACCACAAUGCCCCCUGGAAAUCAGUGUUGAUUGCUGUCCAAAAGAGGAAUGGUUCCCAAAUUGCCUCCAGCACCAGUCUGCCCUUCACAGUUAAAGAUAAGACCAGUUCUAGGAAAAGGAAACACUGCCACAUGGAAUUGCCGGCUUUGAGUUCCCUAGUCAAUAAACAGGAUCAGACUGAGCCAUCUUCGGGCAGAAAGGUGGUCCCCCUGGUGCAGCUCCACUCCUUCACUCAGCUGCUGAAAAAUAUGCACCGAAUAGAGCUGCCUGCUCAGAUGGGCUCACUGCUGGGCUCCAGUCUGGCACUGCAGUACCUGGACUGUGUACAGGAUGAGUCUGCCCUCCUACGCCUCAACUUCUGGCUAGGCUACGCUCUUCACGAAGAAUUUUUGUUCUGCAGCGAUGGAGGAGCCUCCCAGAAUUCAGAAGAAGCUCUGCAGUUUUUGGACAAGUUGCUGUCCACACAGCACUUUCUCCAGGAAGCGUUUUCCAGCUCAGAGGCUUUCCUCUACAAAUUUCUCAGUGUCUGGGACGGCUCCCUCCUCCGCCCACAGAUCCUUGGCUUGCUGAGCAACAUUCCGGUUGUCCCCAGUUCCCAAAUCGGACGGCUUCUGUUUGAGCCCCUCAUGCAGCUCUUCUUCACAUCCUCACUGUUUUUCAAGUGUGGACUGAUAGAGUGUCUAAACAAUAUGCUGUUGAAGUGGCUGACCUGGCACUCAGUGUAUGCUCUGGAGGACGACUUGGACAUCAGCCUUAACAGCCACACUUCCAUAAACAUGACUCUGUCAGGGUUCAAGGAUUCAGUGAUGGAGUUGGUUCACUUCGUGGGUCGGCUGGCCUCUGUUGGCCUUCAGCUUGAAGGCUGUCACUCUCUCCUCCUCAGUUUCAUCCUGGACUUUUAUGAAACGGUGUGUGACACAUUCCUGAAGUAUGGGCUCCCCCUCGUGGUGAUGCCCCCACCUGGAGUUUUUUACCCAGCCCUGUUUUCCCCUGACCCUGUCAGCGUGGACCGACUGGCCUACAUCAUGUACAGGUACAAGGUGAACCUGACAUCAGCCAAGAGUCAAGAAAAAGUCACAGAGCAGGCCUUUCACAUCAGCCGGCAAACAUUUCGAGAGUUCAACCAGUACCUGGUUGUCAUGGUCAACUGCCUGUGGAACUCCAAAAUGUUUCAGCCAGGCAUGGGUGUACAGCUGGGAGAGGAGCUGCUCCUCAAGAGCAAUGUACCACAAUACUGGACGAGUUUCGACCUCGUGCACCACCCUGCUUUCAUGAGCUACGCUGUUGACUUUCACCAGAGGUGUUGGCCAGGGAGAAAGGACAUGGACCUCAAUUCCAUAAAGCAUUCCAAACCGUGGAGCUGGUACCUGGAGUACCUGUACAGUCAGGGAUACGACGGCCUUAAACAGAUUGUUCCAGCCCCAUAGCCAGGUAGCCAGAGACUUCACACACAGGCACCUGACUUACUUCCACAGACAGGCUCUUUUUUUGCCUUUCACUGCUCACCACAAACAGUGGGCAUUAAAUGAAAUAUUGUUGAUAUUUCUAUUUCAUUUCAAUAGUAGUGUUGGACGAAAUUCAAGGAUAUAUUGAUAAUUUUUUUCAUUUAAAUGUUUUAGACCCUACUGCACCAGUUGCAUUGUGAUCCUUAUGCUAGAUUCACAAAAUGUUUUUUUGAAGUUGUUGAGAAACUAAUUUAUUCAUGCAGUGCGUGUUUAACUUAGCUAAAACUACAGCAUUACCACUGGGCCAACACUUACUUACAUUUGCAUCAUAGUAAAUCAAAUCUGAACAGCAGCAUAUGACGUUACAUCUACAAAACAAUAUGACAGUAUGAAAAUGGUUUGGGUGAAAUCAGCACAGUCGUAACUCAUGAGAAAACCACACUUUAAGUGCUGCUCCUGGUCGAAAGCUAAAUUUGAAAUUUACUUUCAUGCUAGAGGGGCUGUAUGAAUCCAGUCCAAACCUUCCUGCCAUAACAGAUCAAUACACCAAAUACAGCACAUUAUAUUUCAGGAAACCAGCUAGAACCCUUGUUCCACUCACAUUAAUUAAAAGAAAGGAUCUUGUGGGUGACAUGGACUGGGAAAGUGGGGUGUAACAAGACAGACGGUUUGUGGUAGCGCCCUCACCACCUUAAUUGUUGCAGCUAUGAACGAGAGCAUUGAAAACUUAAAACAUGUUUCAGCAGACGUACUAAUUGUUAAUUUAUCUCAUUUUUAUUUUUAUUUGAAAAUUAAUUUUCGGAGGUCAAGGGGGGUGUUAGAGGGCGGGCAGUGCCCCCAAUACCCCACCUUGGCAACGGGCCCAGUUUGUUCAGAGCGACAUUGGCUGGCAGCUGACAACAGGCCACGGGCAGGGCGACAGUCUGUACACACAGCAGAGGUAGAUGCUCAACUCAGUGGAGAGGAAAAACAACCACUUGCAUCUUACUUAUUUUUUAAAAGACUUGUACAUAUUUCAUCUCCUCCGCUCUUCCAAGCAAGCUACUUGAAAGCGAUCUGAGUAUGUAUAUAGAUUUAUAUGUGUUAUAUGUUGUUUUCUUACUUAUAGUCUUGUCUUUUACUGACACUGCGUUGGCGGACGUUUGCCAGAAGCACGUCGGUGGUAGGUUGAAGUACAGUGAAAACAUGUUUAACAAGGAACAUGGUGUGUUUAUUGCAAAAGUUAAAAAAAACAAAAAACAAAAACCAACUGAAAGGGGAUCAUUUUAACACACCUUGAGGUCGGUGAGAAAUAUCCCCUAAUUUUUUUUACAUUGCAGCUAAAAAAAUACUUCAUGUUGACAAGAUACAAAAAAAUAAGAGAAGCAGAAGUUGAAAUGAUUCUUUUUCAGUAUUUUCUCUUAGCCAUUCUUGGUUUAAUAUGAACACACCAACCUUAAACAAGCGACUACAUUCAAAAUAAUUUUUUUUUUUUAAGCUUACUCUUUGUUUUUGUGUAAUAUUCUUGUACAGCUUGCCAUCUGCAAAAACUGACUCUUGCACAUUGCUGAAAAUAAAUAAGUGUAAGACUUUUACUUUAGAAGCAAAUAAAAUUAAUCUGUUGUGUUUUAUUAACAUUAUACUGCAGCGCGUCACCGUUUACAGGGUGAGUAGUUUGGUCUUAUGUCUUAAUGUCAGCCUGACUUUUUGCCAAGUGGCAUCAGUUGCUUGAGAACCUGCUAUAUGGAUAGAUAAUCUUUUGUAUUGCGGUCAGUCGCUCUACCAUCUGAAAAAACAGUGUUUUGCUUUAAUUGAGGGACCCAUCUGGAUGUUUAAUAGGCCCCUGGUCUCUUCCUGGUUACUGUUGAUAAUGCCAGAUGAAACCAGAUACGUAGCUUUGGAUGUGCUUGUGUUUGUAUAUUGUCCAGAUUUUUUUUAUAUCCAUGUCAUUUGGAGGAAACACAAAAGAUGUGGCAUGGCCAGAUUUAUGCCACUUCAAGAUCUGUUUCUCAAAGUUCAAUGACCCUCACAGGUAUU